AUGAAUGAAGAACUGAAUCAGUAACAAUUCGCUUAUAACUAAUAGAAUAGCAAGAGUACUACUUAGCAUAUGUCCCAUCAUUCCAAAGUCACAUCUAUAAUUAGGAGGAGAACUAAAGAUCUUGAUGAGGAAGAUGAAUUAAUUAAUUCUUAGUCAUCUCAAACCAAUAUAGGUCGAUUGGAAGGAUUAAUAAAUACUCAGCUAAACCAAUAAAAUUAAUAAUUUAUCACUGCAGCCGAUCAAACGAAACAAACUGAUAAAAAUACUACAAUAGAUAUGAAUUUUCUACAUGAUAUCAACAAUGAAUGUAGUUAUCUGAUUACUAAGUUUCAGCAAGAAUAGUAUGUCAGCACUCGAGGAGCUAAUGAUCAAAGAAGAAAGAGUGGUGAUUUAAGAAAUAGUAGGAUUAUUGAAGGAACUGGUUCUUACACUAAUCAGAGUAAAAUACUAAGUUAAGAUAAAUCGAAUAAAACAGUUGGCCCAAUUCAGACUUCGAGCAACCAAAACAUCCAACCACUGACAGUAAAAAAUGGACAGAGAGGGAAUCAUCAAUAAUACACAAGUAAAGAGGAUAAUUUUUCCUCUAAUAUGAACACCAUUAAUUAAAAAUAUGCUUCAGCUGCAAUCAGCGAUAGCAAUGAGAGUGAAAGAAUAAGAUCAGGAGAUUAUGGCAUUACAACAUACGAGCAACAAUCAAUGGUAUAAAACAAGCAGAAUAUUCACAUAGAAAGUUCAAAAUAUUUUGAAGAUAGAGAAAACAGCAUAAUUGCUAAUGUUUAAGAAAAGAGAUUCUAUGAGGAAGGGUCAAUCAAAUACGUUUCAUCUUAUCAUCCUGAAAAUCAUUCUAAGUUUUCUAUUUCUGAUAGAAACUCUUAAAUUGCUGAUAUGAAGGGCCAUUCUAGCUUUUAGCCUCCUAAUUUCGAUAGCAAUAAAGAUUUAUCAAAAGUCAUCCACACAAGUAAUAACAAAUUGACCUUUAGAAAUGAUGACUUUAGAAAUGAUGACAGCUCCAAUAAUAAAGCUGCAUCAAGUAAUGAAAAAUAAGCUUAUUUCAUCCCAAAUGAUGAAGAAGAGCAGAGCGUAGACCCUGACGAGCCUCCUGUUAAUCAAUAUCAAAUAAGCAACAAUAUGCAUGAACCUCAAGCUUAAUUUGAUCUUUAAAACUUCUAGGCUUUCGAUGAUAAUAAAGGUGGCUAUACAAUACCAUAGGAUGAGGAUAACAAUGAUGAAUAUGAGUAGGACUAUGAAGAUGAUGAUGUUUAGUAACAGAGGGAAGAAAAUGCUAAAGGGUAACUGCUCUUUACAAAUAAUCAGCACAUUUUCAAUCAUGUAGAUUCGGAACCAUAGUUACCAAAUGUUGCUAAGAAAUUUAUGGGAAGCGAUUAUGAGGAUGAGCCACCUAAAUUUCCCACUUAACUUGAUGAUAAUGUGAUAUACAAUAGACUACCUAAAAAUUUCUUUGUUUAAGAGGAAGAAGAUGCCAAAGAUAUGAAUCAAGUACUCUCUAGCAUUUAACAAAUGAGAGAGGAUUUCAUGGGUUAUAUCAGUGAAAACAAUAUUCAAAAGAAAUUAGACGAAAUUUCAAACAUAAUUGAGCCCGAGAAAUUUAUUUAAAAACAUUUUGGAGAAGAGGAUCCAUCAGAAAUGCUGUUUGAUAAAGUUAUCUCAACCAGAAAGGGAAGCAAUAAGAUGGAUGAUGAUAAAUCUUCGUAAAGACUUGAUGAUAAGUCAAGCAACCUCAAAGCUACCAUUCUAGAGGAAGAUUUAGAAUCUAGUCCAGACAGAAUAUCGAAAGAUAAGACACCAAUAAGCACUAAGAGAGAAUUUAUAUUAGCCUCAGAGAAGCAAAAAAUAAGAUCUCAAAGGGAAAGUGCUAGACAAGUUAAAAUAAAAGGUGCUAAGCAUAUUGUAAAGCCACCUGAUUCAUCAGUUUACACAGUAGGAGCAAACUAUCCAAUAGCCGGUCCUAGAUAGAUAAAAAUGGCUGACUAUUUUAGAGAAAACUAGAUCAAGCCUUAACUUGAUAUUGACGUCUUAAAUGCUACUCAGAUGUUAGAUAAAACAUAAAUAAUGGAUGAUGAAGAGGAAGAUCAGAUCUAUUUGAAUGAUGAUGAGAAAUAGAAGCUAAAAGAGAGAAUGGAAUAAGAUAUUUUGGCUAACAUUGAUAUUAACUUCUUAUUCAAUAAAGGGGAGUAGCUUAGAUUUGGUUUGAUAGAUUAAAAGAAAGCUUAUAAGUUAAUGCUCAAAAUAAAAGAAGUUGCUAGCUAAUAAUUUGAAAGAGGAAGGAAAGAAAUAGAUUAUAAUGAGAUCGUCAAGUAUUUGAAAGAUUAAGAACUUUAUGAGGAUGAUAACUUAAAAUUGGAUGGGGAUUUGAAAGUUCAUCCAAAUAGCGAGCCAAUUCAAACAAAAGUUGUUGAAAAGGAAGUAUUCACUUAUGAUCAUUGGAGAUAAGUUUUAGAUUUCAUGAGGAAAAAUCCUAAAUUACUAAUGCAAAUGCUACCUGACACAUAAGAUGAUGAUUACUAUUAUAUGGAGCCUGCCUAGAAAAAUAAAAAUAAACUUCAUCAAUAGAUUGAAGAAGCGAAGAGAUUUUCUAGACUUUAAGCACUUAAUGCAAUCGAUCAUUAGCAGAAUUAAAAGUUCCCAUCUCCUCCUAAGAAUAAUGCAGCAAAGGAAAGAAAGUUAAAUAAUUACAAUAAGACUGGCACAAAUAAGACUAUUGAUAAAAAGAAGAAUACAGAUGGAAAUAAAGAACUAAAAUCUCCAUUAAAUGCCAGAUCUACUGAGCAACUAGCAAGUGGCAGUGAUUCUGAAAAUGGUCAAGCAAAGUAAAAAAAUAAGAGUUUUCAAAAGUAAUUUUAAUAUAACUCAGCAUCAGUUGCCAAAAAUAUAUAUUCUAAUGCUCCUUUUAAUCACCCUGAUCUCUAGAGUUAGCCUCUAUCUAAGUUAGAAAACUAUAAUUAAGUCAAUUCAGGUAGACCAGUUCAAUCUCAAUAAUAGACAAGGGGGAAAAGUUUGAAUAAAAUACUUAAUAAGAAAGGAUCAGUAAUGUCAACUAUGGGGGAUCAUACUACAAUCGGUACAACUACAGGGAAUAUCACAAAUCUAAAUAAUUAUAAGCAGUAAAAUGUCCUAAGUAGUUAGCACCAGACAAUAGAAGAAGGUACUGGAGGAUAUUCUAAGAAUAAUACAGGAGUUGGAGUAUUUAGCAUGCUUAACAAUUACAAUACUUAAGAUGGAAACAUUGGCAAAGAUUAAAAUUCCUAGAGAAGACCAAUUACAGCUUCUGCAGCUUAGGAAGGUAGCACUCGAAGCUUAGCCUACAUGAAGCCAAUAUUACAGUAGAGAUAAGAAUCUUUCGAUGUGCAUUCAAAUAAUUAAGCUAAAAAUAGUAGAGGUGGUGGAAGCAUAAGUAAAAAUAGUUAUCCAAGAAGAAAAUACGGUGGAGAUAAUGCAAGUGAUGCUGGCAAUAAUUCAGCAAUAUAAAAUUAUGCCAGUAUGGGAGGAGUACUUGAUAAUUCCUACAACAAUAUCAAUACAAAUUUAAAUAGCAGUUUUGCAGGAAAUGUUAUUGGAAAGACAUUUGCUCCAAUAAAUUUAGGUCCUUCGAAGAAAACUUAGAAAUUCAUUCAUAAAAUUGCUCCUAAUCUUAAGGAAAACGAACUUUACAAUAAGAUGAUUAAUGAAGCAAGAUUGAAUAGCAAAGAUCCUGGAAUGAGAUACUCAAGUAAUGAUGGGGUUAGGAACUAAAUAAAGCUAGGUUAGUUUCACAAGGUUGGGAAUGUUGACUCGAGGAGAAAUGCAGCACUAAACUAAUCUGGUAGUAAUUUUAAAAUGAAUGAAUAUGAACAAACACCGCAAGGAGCUUUUCCAAAGUUCAUCAAAGGAUAAAAUACAUAGAGUAGUGCUAGGUAAGAGCCUAAUUAAAGUAGUAACUAGAGUAUAUAAUCUAAAUACAAUAAAUUUGUCACUACUAAGUAAUAUGCAGAUCAGAAUAUGCAAACAAGAAUAAUUGGAGUGAAUAAUAAAUUGAUUAUUAGUCCUCAAAAUGCUUCUACUGAUCCAUUUUACCACGAUGGAAUUAGUCAAAUUUCAAGAUAAGAUUCCUAAGUAUCAGAAAAAUUCAAUAAAAAGUACGUUAAAAUUCCAGUUAUAGAUUGGGCAUAUACAUAGUUGUUUACAAAAGCUGUAAGCUAAGAUAUUGAAUUCAAUAAGGAAGGUGAUAUCAAUAUCUACAUUGAAAAAGAAGUAGAUUAUUGUAUCGAUAUGAUGAAAAAUAAAUACAAGGAUUUUAAGAGAAGUGACAUUAUCAGGCCUUUCUAUUUGAAAGCAUUGUAGACUCUACAAAUCCUUUUAAGUGAAUAGUCUUUGGGCCAAAUUUUCGAGAAGACUUGCAAAAAGUACAAAGAGAUAACUAUUGAAAACACGAUGAAAUUACUGAUCAGAUGUAAGCUGGCUUUCCAUGCAAGAGGCAUGAUCUUAGAUAUUUUGAAUGCAGUGAUAAAUUAUGAAAUGAUAGCAGUUGAACUAAAAAAGAUUAUUGAUCAGCACUAGAAAUACAAAGUUUCAGUUCAGUAAUAUGAUGAGAUUCAUCAAGGAGGAAAGAAAGUUUUUGACUAGGGCCACGAGCUUCUAGUCAGAAUUAAAACAUUAAAAAGUGUGCAUAAGCAAUUCAAAAAUCCUUUUAUUUUCAAAAAGAAGGAUUAUGUAAACUAUGUGAAGAGUGAGAUGAAUGAAAUUAGAAAGCUUAUCUCAAUAUUUUAAAUUCAAGGACUAAAUGAUGGUAUUCCAGAGCCCGAUAUUAUACUUAGAAAGAUAGAAGAAAACAAAAAUGAAACUGAGGAACAAAGCUAUUAGACAACAGAGGAGAAUGUUCAGAAUAAUUUGGGUUCAGGUCGCCACUGA